AUGAGUAAAAGAAAAAGCAAACAAAUUACUCUGAUGGAUGACGGUGAGAAGAAAAAGUUAAGAGGGAAGUCAAAUCGAUUAAUAAAAACAAUCAAUGUGGAAAGAAAAUUAGUAACUCAUUUUGAAGAUCUUUCAAUUGAACUUAUUUAUGAAAUUCUUGAAUAUCUUGAUGCUUAUGAUAUUUAUCAAAGUUUUUUUAAUCUUAAUAUGCACUUUCAAAAUUAUGUUAUUAGUUCAACUUUUCCACUGAAAAUCAAUAUUUCAACUUUAUCUAAAUCACAAUUUCAUGAUUAUUAUAUCCAUUUUAUAGAACUAAAUAAAUACCACAUUCGUCUACUUAAUUUAUCAAAUAUAUUCGUUAUUGAUUUCUUUUUCUCUGCAAAAGAAGAUAUUUCAACCUACUCUCAACUUCAAACAUUAAUUCUUCUUAAUAUUAAACCAAAAUCUACGCAAAAAAUUUUCAAUCGUUUAUUUUCCUUACCAAAUCUUUCUUCAUUAACCGUUCAUUUUGAUCAUAAUUUAGACGAAAUAAAUAUCUUUGAUUUAAUAUUUCAGUUACCAAUAUUAAAAUAUUGUAAAAUAUCCUUCUCAGAAAAUGUUCGUUCUUCAAUAUUACCAACAUCAACUAAUACAUUUAGUUCUAUUGAACAUCUCAUCAUAAUUAAAAUAUGUGAUCUUAAUACCCUUGCUGCUAUAUUAUUAUGUGUUCCUCGACUUCGUUAUUUAUCAAUAGACUGUAUACAACAACCAUUUAAUAGAAGAAUAACAGACUAUUCAUUGGUUUUAAAAAAAUUGACAUCUGUCUCUCUCACAAUAAGACAAACACAAUUUGAUGAUCUCGAAUCAUUUAUUCGAAAGAAUCUUUGUCAAGUUCAAACAUUAUAUAUUUCAACAACAGCAUACUCUCAUUCUUCAGAUGCUAAACGAUGGGAAAAAUUGAUUCUAUCAGAUAUGCCAUAUUUACGAACAUUUAAAUUGCAUAUUUCCGGUUCUAUUGUUACUGUCCAUACUGAUCGUGAUCAGUUUUUUAGACUUCAGGGAUUGAGUUCCCCAUUUUGGUUUCAACGACCAUGCUUCUUUACACAGACAUAUAAAUUCACAUCUAGUGAGCGUUAUCAUGUACUGGUCUAUUCAAUAUUAACUGACAAAUCAAGUUUAGAGAAAAAUACGUGUGAACAAAAAACAAUUCUAGAUUCAGUUGAUCAUGUUAUUAUUGAAGAUCCAGAAUUAACAUCUGAUUGUUCAAAAUAUUUUCCAAACGCAAACCAACUUAGUCUUUCUUUGUUAUGUCGUGCUCGUUCGAAAUUGUUUGCUAUAGAUAACCUUCAAUAUAUUAUUCCUUUGAAACAAAUUACGAAACUAAAUAUUAGCAACGAAGAUUUAGAUUUGGACAAUUUAGUAAAUAUGUUAUUUGUGAUGCCUAAUAUUGAUACAUUGACCUAUAGUUCCCUCACACGCGUUAGGGAUGAGGAUGUAUCAUUAGAAGGAAGUGAACGUUUUCAAUUGGUGUCCAAACAAAACAAAAUUAAAAGGUUUACUAUUAAAUGUGUAUAUAGAUUGAAAGCCAUUAAAAUACUAAUUAAUCUUUGUCCUCUACUAGAACAUAUUACGAUCGGUACAUUCGGACUGUCUUUUAGACCAACUGUUGCAUUUUUAAUGUCGAAAAGUAGGGAAUCAGAUUGCCGUUUAUCUUCAUUAUGUUUCGUCAGAGUACACAACGUGUGGUUUGAAAAAAUAAAGUGUAUGAUUGGUUCAGAAAAAAAACCUGAUGAAUAUUCAAUAGAACAUGUUGAUUCAAAUUGCUACUUAUGGUUGUAA